AUGGCGAACCACGUCCCACCACCCUACUCAGGCCAGCCACGACGAUACCCUGGGCCAGUCAGCGCCGUCGCACCCCAGGCGGCUCUAGCCAACCACAACUCCGCGUUUCGCAUAUGCAUUGACACGUCCACAACUGUCCGCCAGGACAACAAUAUUGUCGAUAUUGCUGGGUCGGCAGCCGAGCAGGCCGGUGCCAUCGCCGAAGCUGUGACUGCAGCAUUGCACAGAAACAGCUCGGCAGAAUGUGGCAUUCCCAUGAUCGACGGAGAUGGCCACCCACGGCCCAUUGAUGUCGAGAUAAUCGCAUGCCUCACUGUAGACGGGAGCGGCAACUUCGUGGGCGAUGCCAAAAGUCUCGCCGGUUUUGGGCAACAGCAGUAG